AUGGCGUCGAGCGUCGCCGCCGCGAGCGUCGUAUCCAUCGCCGCGCGCGCGACCGAGACGCGUCGCCGCGUCGCCGCCGCCGCAUAUCGUCGCGCGGGGACGACGACGACGACGACGCGUCUCCGAUCGCGCGGACGAGCGCGGGGGCCCGGGGUCCGCGCCGAUCGCGUCGCCAUCGCCGUCGCCGUCCGCGCGUCCUCGAGCGACCCCACGUCAUCGCCGCCGCCGCCGCCGCCGCCGCGUCGCCCCACGCGGCGCGAAGCGAUGACGCGCGCGGCCGCAGUCGCGCUGACCGUCGCGCUGACGACGACGACGACGACGCCCCCGCCCGCGCGCGCGAACCCGAUCGACGACUUCAACGUCGCCGCGCUGCUGCGAAAGGCGAAGUACUUCCUCGGGCCGCUCCAGCUGAUGCUCGAUCGGCUCGUCGCGCUCGAGCGCGUCGAGGCGUCGCUGGCCGCGGAGGACCUCGUGUCCGAGCUCGGGAAGGCGACGCUCGACUGCGUCAACCCGCGCGGGCCGCUCGCGUCGUACGCCAACGUGCGCGACGUGUGCACGCUCAACAUUCUCGUCAAGUCGGCGACGAGAGGGCCGGCGGUGGUGAACCCUCCGGGGACGAUCGAAAACGCCAACGUCGUCGCCGCGCAGGAGGCGCUCAUCAAGGGCUACGACGCCCUCGCGCUCGAGCUCGGGCGCGCGCCGGUGGGGGACUCGAGGGCGGCCGCGUUCGCGGAGUGCCGCGGGCUCGUGAAGGAGAUGGCGUUCGCGCUGUUGGGAUGCUUUCGGUUGGAGGCGGGGGACGCCGCGGGGAUCGAGCGCGCGUUUCCCGAGUUGUUCGCGGGCGCCGAGCCGGGGACCGCGGAGGCGAACGGCGCGAUUCGCGGCGUGCGGUUCAGCUGA